GCAACAUGGCCGUCGGUCAGUCGGUAUCGAACCGCCGCAUCACGCGAAGCUCUUACGACUCCCGUCGUAGGACCGACCGCCACUUCGAAACGAGAUACGAGAAUCUCGUGAACGCGAAGGACAACCUUUUUUUUGGCUUACCGAUGGCACCGGCUCUCCGGCCUUACGCACCCGUCGAGGUCGGCAGCGCCAACGCGACUCUCUCGCUUCUACGACGGUUCCACGACCGGUCCGGAGCGUGCCGUGCCCGGUAAUUCGGGACAGAGGAUCGAAUCUGAUUUCAAACUUGCACGAGGGGAAAUUCGAAGGACACGAUCGUUCGUUGGUAAAUUGAUUUUCCGAUAAAAAUGGAUUCCGGUGUUGGACAAGGGAAGAAACAGAUUCGCGUGGGAUUUUACGAUAUCGAAGGCACCAUCGGUAAAGGGAACUUUGCAGUGGUAAAAUUAGCUAGACAUCGCAUUACCAAGACAGAGGUGGCUAUUAAAAUAAUUGAUAAAACACAAUUGGAUCCCACUAAUCUCGAAAAAGUUUACAGAGAGGUAGAAAUAAUGAAGCAAUUGGAACAUCCACACAUCGUCAAGUUGUACCAAGUAAUGGAAACAAAGAAUAUGAUAUACAUGGUGUGCGAAUACGCAAGUAAGGGUGAGAUCUUUGAUUAUAUCGCAAGAUACGGGAGAAUGGGAGAACCGAGGGCCAGGGCAACGUUUGCUCAAAUACUUUCUGCGGUUGAAUACUGCCACGCGACGGGUGUAGCGCAUCGUGAUCUCAAAGCUGAAAAUUUACUCUUAGAUGCGCAGAUGAACGUGAAAAUUGCUGAUUUUGGCUUUAGCAAUAGAUUCUCACCUGGGGAGAGAUUGAGCACAUGGUGUGGAAGCCCUCCUUACGCGGCGCCAGAAGUUUUUAGAGGGAAACACUAUGCUGGUCCUGAAAUUGAUGUGUGGAGUUUAGGUGUUGUAUUAUACGUGUUAGUAUGUGGAGCACUGCCCUUUGAUGGAUCUACUCUUCAGUCUUUAAGAGAUCGCGUUUUGAGUGGAAGAUUUAGAAUCCCGUAUUUUAUGAGUACAGAUUGUGAAAGCUUAAUACGUAAAAUGCUGGUUCUUGAGCCUACAAAGCGAUAUACCAUUCCACAAAUAAAGAGACAUCGAUGGAUGGCUGGAUCAGCAGACACUAUUUGUUCAAUGAUUAUAACCAGAUCAUCGUCUUCGUCCAUCCAAGAACCAAAUGAACAAAUACUUCGACUUAUGCAUAGUUUAGGCAUAGACAUCACAAGAACCAGAGAGUCACUAAGGAAUAGUAGUUACGAUCAUCAUGCUGCUAUUUAUUUCUUAUUGUUGGAAAGGUUAAAGCAACAUCGUGUCAGCAGCACAGCAAACAAUACUUGUUGGCCAAGCGUUGCAAGAACAAAAGAUGACAAAUUCAAAUCGAGAACAAGAGAAGACGCGACUCGAGGAGGGAAAAGAUUUAGUUCAACUAGUUCUUCAACUGACGAAGGAUGCUGUAGCGCGGAAGGUGAUUUGGAGGAAGGUCCAAGCGGUGAUGAAUUGAGAGAAGCUCAAAUUAAACUCGAGGAACAUAGACUAGGCCUAGAUCAUGAUAUCAGUCAACGAAUUGACAGUCAAAUAGUCAAUCGAAGAUUAAGUGAUUACCAACAGCAUUUUGAUACCCCACUUAUGGAUUCUAUUGAUCCUCCUAGUCGAACGACACUGUUUAUUGCGGGUGGUAGCGGCAGUUCAUCGUCCGAGCUUUUUGAAUCUAGUUUUGAUUCUGGUUGUCCACCAGACUACUCAGGGGCAAAUUCAUUUACAAGUAGCCUGCCCUCUUGCACGCCUCCGCCACCAAUGAGCCCAUCGCCAAUUACCGGUAGAAUAUCGAGAGUUUUUCAAGGUCGUAGAGCUUCAGAUGGCGGACCUAGAUUAUUAUUCUGUCAACAAGGCGGAGGAGACAGACCGACCAAGCAGCGAAGUAUUCAAGAUUCUGGGAAAGCUAGAGGCCAUUUAGAUCUUGUUCAUUUGAGACCACCAUCUACACCACCAGAAAAUCAAACACAGUUCAAAAUACGUGGCGACUCCAGUACACAGCUGCAGCUGUUAGUGCAGCAGCGUAUGUUGCAACAGAAACGAAACUUAUACCAUAGACAUAGAGGUGGAGGGAGUCCAACUCCGAUACCAGUAUCAACGAGUACCACGGGUAGACGUGCUGAUCACGUACCGAGACAGGACAGUUAUAAAUUAGCUCAAAGAACACAGAUCUUACCACCUUUAUCUCAGGGACAUGUUGAUAGAGACUUUGAUAGAGAAAGAAAACGAGAUGAAGAAAGAUGGAAAAGUCUGCCAUCUCGACUUGCAGCAGAUUGUCAGUUAGCAGAAAGGACACUGCUGUGGAGCCAACAGAAGAAAAUAUAUCAGGUGGGCCUCAGUGGAGGAGCAUCAUAUUUACCACCUGGCAGUGUAGGUGGCUUCUUGUGGCCCACUGGAAGCAACCCUCAUUCAACCAUCUUCGAAAACGUUGGAGAUACAAUGGAAUGAACACCUAACCCUGUUGUAUUUUUAGUAUUGGAGAUUUUGAGUCUGAAAGACUAGAUUAGAUACAUGAAAUACAGUAAGCAGUAUUGCCUUCCUAGUCUUUCCAUAUCAGUAUUUUUAUUUAUAUAAUUAUGUAUUUUAUUAUAUAUAUUUUAAGUAUUCAAGAAGAAUGUUGUGUAAAUUUCAUUGUAGAACUGUUUCCUCCGUGAUAUAUUCUAGCUUUCAUACACAAAAUCUUUGAUUAAAUGGAAGGUACAUGUUACUAAAUGUCAAAGAUUUUAAUGAAAUUCGGUUUUUGCGAUCAGUAUACUUUGAGCAUCAUACGUUAUCACAUAUCUUUAUACAUUCUUAUACUUCAUUCAUUAAAAAUACAUGCAUAUAUCGUAUAUAUAUAACGAAAAUGUAAGCAUUGUUAAAGAAUCUUUGUCAUGUAGUAACACGUGCGCCUGCCUUAUUAACUGGCUGAUUUUAUCAGUCAAAUAUAUCCAAUUAUAUCAUAGACUGAUAAUUAACAAGAGAAAACACCAACCGAGUUUAUAUUCAUGAGCAAGUGGCAUAUGUCUUGCUUUUCAAUGGCUAUAUUUAAUUGGAAGUACAAUGUGUAUACGCGUGCACAUUUUAAUGACAAUUAAUGAAGAGUGCUUUUGAUGUGCUUCCUGAAUACAUUUCAGCAAAUUAUCAUAUAAUGAUGAGAACGUGCGUGUCUAUUACUUUUGUAUUAAAACGCAAUAGAAUCAUAGGGUGAUAUACAAAAAUCUGAAUGCAUUCAAUGAUUAAUUUAUGAAUUUUGUAACUUCCAUUUGAGAGUUCGAGAUAGCUAAGUCAGCUAGAUGUAUCCAGUCCACAGUAAAAUUUAGAAAACGAAAUAAGAAGAAUCAGUGCUCAAAUAAAAGAACAAUUAUAAAUAUGUCAUAAUGUAAGAUAGAGGCACGAUGAUAAUCUUCACUUCACAGAAACACUUGAGAUUGUGUAAACAUUGUGUAGAACUGAAUGCAAGAACUAUGCCACUUAUGCUUUUCUAUGCAAUUUAUUGAAGAGUGGAGUUGGUAAAAUGAGAGAGCGAGAGAGAGAGAGAGAGAGAGAGAACGAGAGCGAGAAAGGAAGAAAGAGAACCACGUUAAAGUUUUUUGUUACACGUUUUUAUUGAUAACUAUUCUAAUAAUGUUGUACAAAACUAAGUGUUUCAUCAUUCCACUCUUCAUCAUGAUCGUUAUAGAAAAUUAAAAAGUAAUAAAAACAAUAAAUAGUAAUAAAUAGUAGCUGCUGUUUAAAAAAGUAAAAAAAAAAAGUGCUGCAUUCUGUAAAGAUGUUUAAAUAAAAUUGUUGUAUAUAUUUGUAUUUUAACAAAUGGCAAUGGCUGUUCAUAUUUUGAAUUAUACGUUUUGUAUAGUACGUUAUCAUUUUCAACAUAAAUUAGAAAUUGCACCAAUAGUUAACGAUGCCAUUUUGCAUAAAGUACAAAGUUGCCAUUUUACUUGGAAUAAAAAUGAAACGGUUUGCUUUAUGUGCACGAUUAUCAUUAAGUAAGGGAAGGAACAUAUUUGUACAUUUUGAUACGAAUACAGCACUUUUUGAAAGCAAAUAUGUAUUAGGUUUUAGUAGUCUAGUCAGUAGGAAGCAAUACCGGCCGCGCACAACUGACAACGACUUUAAUAUUCAAAUUUUCCGCCAUUUUUUACCCAACAAAAACAAUCAAACUUCGCUCAAAAAUCUUUUGAUAAGUAAAAAAAAUAGCUGUUAAGUUAGCAUAAUCAUGCGAGAUCUUGUUCUGGCACAUUGUUCUCGAAAAAAAAAGAAAAAACAUUCCGAAAAACUGUUUUAUAGAAACUCAGGAAUUGAAAAUCGGUUUUGGCAUAUUUCCAUCCGUGUCUUUUUCGUAAUGAUAGAUUCGAAGUUACGUGAAACAGGAAUCAUCUUGAGAUAGAUCGUGUCACUGAUUUAUCGGUGUAAUAAAAUAAAUUUAUUUAACUUUACAAAAUAAUUUUUACCAGCAGUGAAACCAUUUGCAAAAACAACAUUAAAUUAUUGUUUCGCGACGUACUGUCCAAUUGAUGCGUACAGACACUUUGUAAAGUAAUUAUUUACCAUCAAUUAAUUUAAUAUUUAAUUU